CUUGAAGAAAUUAGUUUUUUCAGUUCGGCUGCUCUUGUUACAUGUCGAGGAAACCCGUAGGAAAUUUAACUGUAGCGUAGGAAGCGAACCGUCGGUGUAGUGAUAAGUGCAAAUCGGAUUACAAGCAUGAAGUUCCUUUUAAUAACUUGUCUACUGGCUACGAGUUUAUUGUGCGUCUAUGGGGCCGAAGAAACCGAGGACAAGCCGGAGAUUACAAAGUUAGAGUUGGUGGAACUUGGCGAGGGAGAAAGCGACGACGAUGCCGAAGACUCGGAUGUUCAAAGAAAGAGAGAUUCCGGCUAUUCGUACAAGAGACCGGACAAUUUCGCGUUAGCUUCGAGAUCUCGUUUCCAAGUUGGACAAUCCGGCCACAGAGGACGUAUCGUUAAUAGACAUCCAGCCCAAAUAAACAGACCUAUCAACAAAUACGGACCACCCGGUUACCAGAAUUCAUCCCCGAUGAGACCAGUUUCUCACGGUCAACAGCAUCGCGAUAAAUUCCAAUUCCAUGGUCAUUUCGGUCAACAGCAUUCGAACAACUUUGAUGGCCGGCCGAGUGGUUUGCUGGAGCAGGGAGUACCCAGUCCAAUUAGGCAGUCUGACUUUGCCGAACCGAAUCCAAUAUCCACUCAAAACAACGAACCCUUCGCGACUCACUCGGCUAACUAUUUACCGCCGCAGAAUCAGAAGUUGCCCGGUUUCGGCACGGUCCAAGCAUUUUCCUCGGCUCACGCAGCGGCACAGAAUAUUCCGAGCAACGAUCAAGGUCAAUCGGCUAAUUUCCAAAGUCAAAAUCUCGUGCAAUCUCAAGGACAAAUAUCAGACGCGGCUCUUUUCCUAACGCAGAAUGCUCAAGCAAUACAACAACUGUACGGUCAGCCUCCGAACGAGCAAGAUUUCGCUCCGGUUAACGGUGAUCAGUUCUUAGGUCACUCUAAUCAAGUUCACAAUGGUCAGUUUCAAAAUUUCGAAAGUACCUCGCAAAGUCCACAAAAUUUCCCAGGCCAGUUGCCCUCUUACGCGUCCGGAACACUGAGCGCCCAAGAGACCCUGGAACAGAUUCAGUCUCUCGAGAAGGACAGAUUGAUCGUUCAGCUGCAGCGUGCGCUCGCGAGCCAGGCUCAGAACGCGGACGCGUCUGGAAGGUACGCUGAAAAUCAUCCGAGCUUCGUUCAGAGUCAAGAUCUUCUGGCUUCCCUUGGACAGCGAAUGAAGAUUCACGGUUUAAACGCGCAACCGACUACCGUUACCUUCGGAUCCGGCAAUACAGCUUUCAAUCAAUCACCUUUUUUACCAGGAACCACGAUCAGUCCCGGCUUUCCGCUUAGCUACGGGCUAUCGACCACCGCUCAACCCCCGACGACCACCACGCCGACAACUACGACGUCCCUGCAGCCCCCUCAGGCAACUAAAGGCGACGGAUCUUCUCAGCCCGGCAGCAGCCUGCCCGCGCCACCCUCUGCACCAGCAGUUCCCGUCUACGGUGGUUUCGUGCCGACCUUAAUCACUGGUACCAGUUUCCUGUCAAACGUGCCGUCCUACGGGCCGACGUUCUUCGCUCCUGGUGCCGUCACACCUGUCCAACCGUCAGGCUCCUCGCCCACGCACUUUGGUCUACCUAUUCCUGCGGACCACGGUCAGAAACCGACAGGAACCACCCCAACUUCCGCCUCUCCCACGACACCCUCGACUCCUUCGACCAGCCGACCCGGUCUUCCUUCCUCUCCUCCAGUUAACACGGUGCCAGUUCCUCUACAUCCAGUGGUGACUCCUCUUCAUCCGGUCGCACCCUUGCUUCCCCCCGUGACGCCGAGCCACUUGCACCCCGUCCACGCGCCGUCCACCGGCCAUCCAACCUACGGCCUGCAAACACCCCUGAUUAAUCCGCUUCUCUACAAACCCAUCAAACCGGUCUAUCCGUUCUACUAUUACCAGAACCUCGCGUACCAGCCGCACAAACUCGCUUUACCAACUUACCCGUGGAGCUACGCGCCGACCUAUGCUCAAGCGAAACCGGCCCAAAUAUGGAAAUGACGCGGUCCCAUUCUUCGCGGGUGAAUCGUAACUCGCCCCCCCGUAUCGAGACUGACUGUUUACCCACGCGGAAAGGAGAGCCCGAGAGAUCGAGGAAGAAAGUAGCCUGCGUCAAAGGAUCGAGCACUGUAAAACCGCAACAACGCGUCUGGUCUCAGGAUAACCAGACUCGAUCCUGUCGGUCUAUCGUGAAUUUUCGCUUCAUAUUUCUUCGAUGCUAAUUAUGUGUACCAGUUUAUUUACUCUGUAAUUACGUGUCCACGACGUGGCUGUGACGAUGUGGUCGUUGAGAUGCAACAGCGCGUUUCGUUUCCAAUUUUCAGAAGCUUUUGCUUCGUUUUUACUUUGAUUGGUAAAAGGUGCUUUCAAUUAUCUAUCGGUAAAAGUAAUUUGGGUUUUCGUUUUCAUACACUGUUGGGUAAACGGUAAAUUACUUGUAUACAUGGUAUUUGUAUAAAUCAGCGCGAUAACCGAUUUUAUCGGUUUCCGAUGCGUUUUCCGCCUUCGUUCAUGGUGCACAAUUUCUCCGCUGAGUUAUGUACAUACGUUGGUUUUAUUUAUUGUAUCGAAUAAAUAUAUUUUUUACUAUCAAA